ACUUGUAAUUUUAUCAAGCCCAUUCGAUGCUCACUCUUGAAGAGGCCGACCUUGCUAAGAAGGCGACACAUAACUCCUCAUCCCUCCUAGUUGCUCGUGAUUCGAAUGUCUCUCAUGAUAUUUCUGAUCAUUCCUCUUCAAAUCGCAAUGCCAAUGGUGGGAAGAGAAACAAAAAACACAACAAUAAUGAAGAAAAACAUCACAACAAUAAUGGUCUUCGUGGAGGCGGCAAGGGUGGUACCUGUAGUAGGGGUAAGGCCGGAGGUGGUGGUCAUAUGGGCAGCAGCAAGAACUGCGACGAUGAGCAGCAACCAGCAGGUCAACAUCCUCCGAUCAAUGCUCCAUGGUCUGGCGCCCAGUUGUGGCCCUGGAUGGCACCUUGGGCUAUACCUUCUUGUCCAUAUCCUUCAAAUUCAUGGGCCAAGCCCAAUUAUAGACAACAGCAGAAACCGCACCCUGGUAUACUUGGGCCCAAACCCCAGAAGGCCUACACAGCAGCUCCAACUCCAAGCAACAUUGAAGCCGCAAUUCAUACUCUUGGUAUCACUUCUCCGGAUGCGAAUUGGUACAUUUACAACGUUUCCACUUCUCACAUGACAUCCGCACAAGGAUUUUUGGAUAUGGAGGCCAGCAAUGAGGUGUGAAAGCUGAGGCGAGCUUUAUCCCAUCCCAAAUCCAGUCCCUUCUCCAUCUAUUUUUCCUCUUUAGCACCAUCCCUUUGGCAUGAUCAUUAAGGUCACCUGGGAGCACUUGUUUUGAACUUCCUUAGGAAGAAUAAAUUGAUUGAAUGUAAUCAAAUUUAAGAAUUUCGUAUUUGUAAUUCUUUUCCUCUUGGAAAACAUGUUUAGUUUUCAUUUUAUGCUU